GUGGGAAAGUCCACGCUUCUCACGGCCUGGGCGCAGAAUCUCACUGGCCGUGAGGACUUCGUGUUUCCGGCUGGUCAGACCCGCGAGUCUUUGACUAAAGGUCUUUGGUCCGCUCUCCUCCCAGCAGAGGCCACCGGCCUGGAGUUCCACUUGAACCUCUGCGACUCUCAGGGCUUGAAGCAGGUAGCCGAGCUUGAGCAAUGGAGGCUCUUUGCGGCGAACGUGCUGAUACCGCAG